ACUCCCAUAGCUGCUGCCCGAACUGCAGCCCCUGCCAUGGGCCUGGAGCUGUACCUGGACCUGCUGUCCCAGCCCUGCCGCACUGUCUACAUCUUUGCCAAGAAGAACCGCAUCCCCUUCGAGCUGUGCACUGUGGACCUGCUCAAAGGUGGGGUGACACAGCCCUCACAGCAGUGUCCCUGCUUCAGCACCGCGAUCCUGAUCUACCUGAGCCAAAAGUACCAGACAGAGGACCAUUGGUACCCGGCGGAGCUGCAGGCCCGGGCUCGGGUCCACGAGUACCUGGGCUGGCAUGCAGAUUUUAUUCAGGGUACCUUUGGCGUGAUGCUGUGGACGAAGGUGCUGGCACCGCUCAUUGGAACCCAGGUCCCUGAGGAAAAGGUGCGUCGCAACAGAACUGCCCUAGAGGAGGCACUGGACAAGCUGAAUGCCAGGUUCCUGGGGAACAAGCCUUUCCUCACUGGCCAACAGGUGACCCUGGCUGACAUCAUGGUGCUGGAGGAGAUGAUGCAGCCCAUAGCUCUCGGAUUGGACCUGUAUGAGGGGCGGCAGCAGCUGGCAAGCUGGCACAGGCGUGUGGAAACCUUCCUGGGUGCAGAGCUGUGUGAGGAGGCUCACGGCCCUAUCAUGACCAUCCUGGAGCAGAUGGCCUGUAAGACCAUCCCGAUACCCCCACCUGAGGCGCACCCGCCUAUGCUGAAAAGGCUCGCCAGGAUCCCCUGAGCGGGCUGAAGGCCGAGGGGGCUGUCGGAGAAACUAGCAAUAAACACUGUGCCAAUCA